GGUUUUGUGAAUGUCAUGUGACGACCUGCUUUAAAAUCAAUGAUGCUUUCUGGAAUUAACGACUGUAAAUGUAUGCCAGUCUAGGAAAAUGUAGUAGCAUCAGAUACAUUUCAGUGUUUCUUAGGACUAGAUUUACAUAUUGCGUAUUGUAGGCAAUUAACGCCUCCGUGUGAAGCGAUCAAAGGUCAUUUAUUUCCGGUUACCAGGUGUCGGACUCGAAAAUGAGCGCAAGGAAUAUCGCUCGUUUCUGGGAAUGGGGAAGGAAAAUCAUCUGUGUCGGAAGAAACUAUGCAGACCAUGCCAUCGAGCUCAAAAACGCCAUUCCCACCGAACCUGUGCUCUUCCUGAAACCCACUUCUGCUUACAUCAGGGAAGGGUCUCCCAUUCUGGUUCCCUACUACUCCAGCAAUCUCCACCAUGAGGUUGAGCUCGGCGUGGUCAUUGGUAAAGGAGGAACGGCUAUUGCCCAAUCUUCAGCCAUGGACCACGUGGCUGGAUAUGUCUUGUGCCUGGACAUGACAGCUCGGGACAUUCAGGAGGUAUGCAAGUCCAAAGGACUUCCGUGGACCCUGGCCAAAGCGUUCAACACCUCAUGUCCCAUCAGUGACUUCAUUCCCAAGAAGAAGAUUCCAGACCCUGGGAGCAUCAACCUGUGGUUAAAGGUGAACAAUAUCACGAGACAGAAUGGGAGCACAUCUCAGAUGAUCUUCUCUAUUCCAUACCUCAUAAACUACAUCAGUGAGAUUAUAUCAUUGGAAGAAGGUGAUCUUAUUCUCACCGGGACCCCCAAAGGAGUGUCAAGUGUCCAGGAGGAUGAUGAACUUCAAGCUGGGAUUGAUGGCAUUGUCACCAUGACUUUCAAAGUUCAUAGACAAAGUUAAAUUUGCCCAGAAUUGACAUGGCUGGAAAGGACAGUCAUUGCAAAUAUUAAUCUGAUGUGUAUUAACUUUAGAAUGGAAAUAUCAUAUGACAAUGUUCAUAUACAAUGAUUUAAGAAUGGGUGCUGCUGUCGCCUGUCAAAUCCAACAUCUAAAUAAAAGAGUUCAAUGAGGCAACAUAAGACCUAUUAUGUGUU